CGAGACCGGAGAGAUAAGAGCAGCUCGGAAGCCAUGGCAACGAGUAUCAGCACCCAGAGAGGCCAGGUGUUUAUUGGGGAAUUGCCCCAAGAUUUCCUGCGCAUUGCCCCUACACAGCAGCAACAGCAGAUACAGUUGGAUGCUCAGGCAGCGCAGCAGCUACAAUAUUCUGGAGUUAUGGGGACCAUGGGUCGACUCAGCAUUACUGUGGUGCAGGCUAAGCUUGCUAAGAAUUAUGGAAUGACCCGGAUGGACCCAUACUGCCGGAUACGUUUGGGUUAUGCAGUGUACGAGACUCCCACUGCUCACAAUGGGGCGAAGAACCCACGGUGGAACAAAGUGAUUCAGUGCACAAUUCCCCCUGGAGUUGAUUCCUUCUACCUAGAAAUCUUUGAUGAGAGAGCUUUCUCAAUGGAUGACCGCAUCGCCUGGACACACAUCACUAUCCCAGAGACGCUGAAGGAAGGAAAGCAUGUGGAUGAAUGGUUCAGUUUAAGUGGCAGGCAAGGUGAUGACAAGGAAGGAAUGAUCAACCUCGUCAUGUCCUACACGUCGGUGCCAGCAAUGAUGCCUGCCCAGCCUGUAGUUCUGAUGCCCACAGUCUACCAGCAGGGGGUCGGCUAUGUGCCCAUUGCAGGUCCUGUUUAUAAUCCUGGGAUGCCGAUGAUUGCUUCUCCACCAGCUGUUAACCCUCAGCAUCAGACGCAAGAGGUGGACAUUCAAUCCAUUAAGGAUAUGUUCCCCACCAUAGACCCAGAGGUCAUUCGUUCUGUGCUGGAGGCUCAAGGAGGAAACAGAGACGCUGCUAUCAACUCCCUGCUUCAGAUGGUGGAGGAUUCAUAGCGGAUUCAGUGCUGCUUCCAGUUUUCCCUUCCCUUGCCUGUGUCCUGUAUGACUUGCCAUGAGGGAAAUCUCAUCUUCCCUUAACUUUGAACAUGUGGCUGCUCUUUUA